AACACAAAUCACCUAUGAACCCAUUAGUCUCUAGUUCAGAGAGCGACAAGGACAAGUUUUUCUAAACUGAGAGAAGAACAAGAAACCACAGAGCCUGAGAAGAAACACAGCAUCAAAUCUUUGAAGAGAUUGGAAUACAGAGCCAAAUAUAGAGGACGAGACAGAAUCAUAAACUUUUGGGGGUUUUGGCGGUGCUGUUUUGAAGGGUAUUUCACUUGGAGAUCAAUAUAUAUGAUAUCAUAUAUUUGACUUGUUCUGUUCUAACUUUGUUUUCUUGAGAUUUACGUUUCUCUAUGAGGAGAAGUUAACAUCUUCGUUCACUCCUAAUUUCUUGAGAUACUUUUUAAGAUGGAACACGUCAAGCCAUCAGAAGUAACAGCAAGCAAGAGUAAAUUGGCUCGCACCUUUGCUAAGGUUUUUCAUGUUAGAGCACUGAGUGGAAUCGCACCAGAUAAUGGACUGAAGAAUGUUAAAGUGGAUGCAAAUCCCAACGAUGAAGAAAGUACGGGUAAGAGUUCAGUAAACAAAGAAGAUGAAGAGCUUCAGAAAAUAAUGGCCACAGAAGCUUUGCUUGCAAAAAUUUUUGCUAACAUUUCAGCUGUAAAAGCUUCAUAUGCUCAGCUACAGUAUGCUCAAUCUCCUUAUGACCCAGAUGGAAUUCAAGUUGCUGAUAGAUUGCUAAUCUCAGAUUUGAAGACCUUGUCUAAACUAAAGCAAUGUUUCUUGAAAAAGGAGUUUGAUCCUUCACCAGAGAGAGCAAUUCUUGAAGCUGAAUCAAAGGAGCUGCUGAAUGUUAUAAAAACAUAUGAGAUCAUGAGAAAGAAGUUGGAGCCACAGGUGAGGCUCAAGGAAUCUGAGAUUAUAUUUCUUAGAGAGAAGUUAGAGGAAGCUAAUAAUCAGAACAGAUCCAUUGAGAAAAGGUUAAGUAAAAGUGGGUCAUUAUCUGUUCUUGAUGAUCUCCAUGUUUCAGGACUCAGUCCUAGCCAUUUAAUUGCUGUUCUUCGCCACACAGUUAGGUCCAUAAGAAGCUUUGUGAAGUUGAUUGUGAAUGAGAUGAGAUCUUCUGGUUGGGAUAUUGAUGCUGCUGUUAAUGCCAUUGAACAGAAUGUGGUUUACUUGAAAGAAGAUCACAAGUGUUUUGCAAUUGAGUCCUUUGUUUGCAGGGAGAUGUUUGAUUCUUUCAACUUGCCUAAUUUCUCUCUCCCUAAUGAGUCUCUUCCAGAUAGAAAUAAGCAACAAGUGUUCUUUGGGAGUUUCAAUGAGUUAAAAUCUGUCAAAGCAAAGGAAUUUCUUGCUGGGAAUCCAAGAUCACCAUUUGCAAAAUUUUGUAGGGUCAAGUACCUGAGACUUGUUCAUACCAAAAUGGAGGCAUCAUUUUUUGGUAACCUGAGCCAGAGGAACCUGCUGAAUGCUGGAGAAUUUCCUGACACUAACUUCUUCACAUUGUUUGCUGAUAUGGCUAAGAGGGUAUGGCUUCUACAUUGCUUAGCCUUCUCUUUUGAGCCUCAAGCUUCAAUCUUUCAAGUGGGGAAGGGAUGUAGAUUCUCUGAUGUGUACAUGGAGAGUGUAAAUGAUGAAAUGGCUGAGGAAUCUGAGCCACAGGUUGCUUUUACUGUAGUUCCAGGGUUUAGGAUAGGUAAAACUUUUAUACAGUGCCAAGUUUACCUCUCACAGCACCAAACCAAAGUAAAAAAAUUCACUUCCUCAAAGAAAAGGUUGUAGCAACUGGUAUUUGGCAUUGAUGAGUCACUGACCCCACAACACAGUAGGUUGAACUGGAAGCCAUUCUUUUUGAGUUGAAACUUUUGGACGGUGUGAAGGACAUGGCCUGUGCUGUGUUGUGGGGACUGAUCUCUGGAUAGGUUCAUUUGUCCAUUGGUUUAAUUUGAAAAGCAAAGCGCGUGAACCAUUGCAUUGGGAACUACCCCUCCUCUCUUUUUUUAGUUUCUUUGUAUUUAUCUAGUUUAAUCGAAGACAUGCUGCCAAAUUUUGCUGAUAUAAGUAGAUCUGUGGCAGGGAUAUGUUAUGCAUCGUUACUAUACAUUGCAUAUGUACAUAAUAAUGUAGGUGGUAAUUUAAUUAUCCUCUUUUUUUUUUAUCUUCGUUUGUUUGUUCUUCUCAGUCCCUCUUUGAUCUCCUUACUACUGAUUCUCUUUUGGCUAACUC